AACAGGCGCGCGGCGCGCCAGUGGCCGCUCUCCAGCGGUCGGGCGGUGGAGGCGCAAGCAACCCGGAAGGCAGGUUCCCGGCCAUGGCUCCGUGGGCGGAGGCCGAGCUCUCCGCUCUGAACCCGCUGCGCGCGCUGUGGCUCACACUGACCGCUGCCUUCCUGCUGAUCCUGCUGCUGCAGCUCCUGCCGCCCAGCCUGCUCCCGGGCUGCGCCAUCUUCCAGGACCUGAUCCGCUAUGGGAAAACCAAGUGUGGGGGGCCGCCGCGUCCCGCCGCCUGCCGGGCCUUUGAUGUCCCCAAGAGAUAUUUUUACCACUUCUAUAUCAUCUCGGUGCUGUGGAAUGGCUUCCUGCUUUGGUGCCUUACUCAGUCUCUAUUCCUGGGAGCACCUUUUCCAAGCUGGCUUCAUGGUUUGCUCAGAAUUCUCGGGGCGGCACAGUUCCAGGGAGGGGAGCUGGUGCUGUCUGCAUUCUUAGUGCUCAUAUUUCUGUGGCUGCACAGCGUACGAAGACUCUUCGAGUGCCUCUACGUCAGUGUCUUCUCCAGUGUCAUGAUUCACAUCGUGCAGUACUGUUUUGGACUUGUCUACUAUGUCCUUGUUGGCCUAACGGUGCUGAGCCAAGUGCCAAUGGAUGGCAGGAAUGGAGUGGUCAUUCACAGUAACCACAGGAUCCCAUUUGGAGACUGGUUUGAAUAUGUUUCUUCCCCUAACUACUUAGCAGAGCUGAUGAUCUACAUUUCCAUGGCUGUCACCUUUGGGUUCCACAACUUAACUUGGUGGCUAGUGGUGACAUAUGUCUUCUUUAGUCAGGCCCUGUUUGCCUUUCUCAGCCACCAAUUCUACAAAAGCAAAUUUAUCUCCUACCCAAAGCAUAGGAAGGCCUUCCUACCAUUUUUGUUUUAAGUGAAACUCAGUCAUGAAGAAUGCAAACUAGGUGAUGGUUUGGAUGCCAAGGACGGUGAAGUCUGGAACCCAAAGUACAGUUUCUGCAGAACUGUUUAAAACUCUGUUCCAUUUCUAUACCCUACAAGGUUUCACUGAAUGAGCAUGGCAAUGCCAGUCAAAAAAAUGAAUCUCCAAAGUAUCUUCAAAGAAAAAAUAGUAACGGCAGAUCUGUGAUUUCUGUGUCCACUUUCUGAGACGCUUUAUAAAACCAACCAACUGAUAAAAAGUGGAUGAGACUUCUCCUAGCUGCUUCACAAGCAUACUAACCAAAAAUAUACAAACAGCUUCACACACACACACACAUACAUACACAAAGGAAGAGAUAAGAUCAUCAACGUCUGCAAUAGCCUGGUAGGAAUGGACUAUAUAAUAAUAUAGCAGGGGCUCAAUAAAUGUUUGUUACAUUUCAGUAAAAACAGAAUAACCUUUCAAAAUAAUAAUAGGCCGGAUGCAGUGGUUCACACUUACAAUCCCAGCACUUCGGGAGGCCAAGGUGGGCAGAUUGCUUGGGCCCUGGGAGUUUGAGACCAGCCUUGGCUACAUGGUGAAACUCUAUCUCCACCAAAAAAAUAUAAAAAUUAGCCAAGAGUGGUGGCAUGCGUCUGUAGUCCCAGCUACUUGGGAGUGGGCUGAGGUGGGAGGAUCGCUGGAGCCCAGGAGAUCAAGGGUGCAGUGAGCCGAGAUCAUGCCACUGUCUUCCAGCCUGGCCUGGGCAACAGAGUAUCUGUCUCAAAAUAAUAUAUAAUUUUACACCAAAAGUUUCAGGGAAAAAUGAGUUUGUUUGAGUUAGUUUAUAUUUUCACAUAUUACCAAAGAUCUCCAGUAAAAUAACUAUCAUAGCCAUUUCUACUCAUCUCCCCCUCAAAUCAUAGCCUAACAGAACAUUUUGAAAGCUCCUUUGUUUAAUAUUUGUUUACAUCCUUUGAAGGGAGUACUUCAAAAGUGAAAGCAUCAGAAGAUAAAAUACUUUUAUAUUUAUGCAUAGCAAUCCUUCGUGAAAGGAAGUGACACUCUGGAUUGAAUAAUACUGUAGCUUCAUUCACAUGUAGUUAUUCAAAUUGGAUUAAUGUCUGCCUGAGUUUGUUUGAACUAACAGAAUGUAUCUGAAGAUAUUCAGGAAUAAAGUUUACCCUUAAAAUA